AUGCCCACCGUUCUUCUCGCGACCGCGUGGGUUGACAUACACACUUCUGAAGGAAGAUGUUUUAAGGUCCGCGCUUUAUUAGAUCAAGGGUCUAAUUUUAGCUUUAUUUCCGAAGCAUUGAGUCAAACGCUUCGCACUAAACGACAGAGGACCGAUCUUCAAAUAAAAGGUUUCGGGGAGAAAUAUGCCGGUUCUGCGCGAUCGAGAGUUUCGCUAAAUUUGACGCCGUGCGAAAAAUUGAAUCCUGUUUUUCCGGUCACUGCGUAUGUAUUCCCGCGAAUAACUUCGUACGCCACGUCGCGAAUUUGGCCUAUAGAAUCAUGGCCUCAUUUACAGGGCCUUUCACUAGCAUAUCCGGAUCCAUCUAGUCGACAUCAGAUUCACAUGCUGAUCGGCGCGGACGUGUACGGUUCGCUCUUAUUGCGCGACCUGAGACAGGGCCCCUAUGGAGCGCCCACUGCCCAAUCGACCUCGUUCGGUUGGAUAAUCUCUGGACCGACCGGAAGUAAAGAAACUACUUCACAAGAAGUAACUGUUUUGAAUUGCGUAUCCGCGCUGGAUGUGGACUCUCUCCUCCAGAAAUUCUGGGAGGACAAAGAGAUUCCCACGCCAACUUCCCUCACGGAGGAGGAAGAAAAAUGCGAAUCUUAUUUCGCUCAAACGCACAGUCGUGAUCCUGACGGUCGUUAUGUCGUGAGAUUACUUUUCAAAAAUGCUUUGCCGAUCGAUAUCGGGGAAUCUCUCUCCAUAGCGCGUACAUUGUACGGUCGUCUGGAAAAUAAAUUGAAUUCAAAAUCCGAUCUCUGUUCGCUAUACAGAGACUUUCUUACAGAAUACGAGGCCCUUGGACAUAUGACUCGCGUUGGCGAGUCCGAACCCACUGAGAAUAUACCGAUUUAUAUUCCCCAUCAUCCAGUAAUAAGAGAGGAUAGUUGCACCACCAAGCUUCGAGUCGUAUUUAACGCGUCGUGUAAAACCCGGAAUGGCACGUCACUUAACGACCAUUUGCUCAUCGGGCCAAAGUUGCAGCAGGAUCUCCCUGCCGUCUUAUUGCGUUGGCGUGCAUGGCGCUUGGUUUAUACGGCAGACAUCGCCAAGAUGUUUCGACAAAUACGCGUACAUCCGCGGGACGUCGAUUACCAAAGAAUCCUGUGGCGUCCGACGGAUGACGCUCCGCUUACUCAUUUUCGCCUUCUUACAGUGACGUAUGGUUUAGCAUCGGCACCUUAUCUUUCGAUGCGCGUGCUUCGACAGCUCGCGCUUGAUGAAGGUGCAAAGUUUCCUGCCGCGGUACCGAUCGUCAAUGAUUCCAUUUACGUGGACGACGCAUUGUUCGGAGCAAACGAUAUCGAUUCGUUAAUAAAUACGCGAACUCAGCUCGCUGAACUAAUGAGGCGCGGAGGUUUUUCACUUCGUAAAUGGGCUUCAAACUGUAGCGAGCUUCUUGAUGAUUUAUCCAGCGAUCAAUCGGACGUUACCGAUCACCUUAUCCUAAAGGACGAAACGUUGAAAAUACUCGGAUUAUCAUGGCUCCCUACGGAAGACUCCUUCCGCCUUACUGUGAAAUUUAAUUUUCCUACAGCGUUAACUAAGCGUUCAAUCCUGUCGUGCAUCGCGAGCUUGUAUGACCCCCUCGGAUGGGCUGCGCCGGUUGUAAUAAACGCAAAAAUCAUUCUGCAAGAGCUAUGGCUUUUACAUUGCGACUGGGAUGCUCCGCUUCCGAACGAAUUGAGUCAACGGUGGAAUGCUUUCGCUUCCGAGUUCCCGCAAUUAGAAUCCGUUAGAAUUCCUCGGUGGACGGGUCAGAGCCCUGAUAAUCUCGCGUUAGAAAUACAUGGAUUCGCCGACGCUUCAAAUCGCGCGUACGCUGCGGUCGUAUACUUGCGCGUUUUCCAUUCUCUUUCGGAAUACCGUGUUAGCUUGAUCGUUGCGAAGUCGAAGGUGGCUCCCGUCAAGACUGUUAGCAUUCCGCGGCUCGAGCUCAACGCCGUUGUUUUAUUGAGUCGACUCGUUAAGUGGGUAAUUAAGUCAUUAAAUAUUAUUCAUUGUCCGAUCCAUUGUUGGACGGACUCCACGAUCGCGUUGGCAUGGUUACGCCAACAUCCAUCGAAAUGGACUACGUACGUAGCAAACAGAGUAUCCGAGGUGCAGUGUAAUCUACCCUCGGCCAAAUGGAAUCACGUACCGUCCAAAAACAAUCCGGCCGACUGUGCAUCCAGAGGGUUGUACGCAUCCAAGUUAGUCUCACAUCCGUUAUGGUGGGCGGGCCCGCCUUGGCUUCAAUGGCCUUCAACAGCGUGGCCGCCACAUAACAUUGCUUCUCCGAUCUCCACGGAGUUAACUAAGCAAAUACACUCGGAAAGUCGAAAGUCCACUGUCCUUCACGUGGAAGGUACACCGGAAUGGGAUCUCCCUUAUAGAUACUCCUCCUGGACUAAGCUCAUUCGAGUGACAGCCUACGCUUACAGAUUUAUAUCCCGCUCCGCUAAACAAAGGAAUUUUGAAGCUAAUGUUGCGUUGUCUCUUAACGCGGACGAACUUAAACGCGCGGAAAUGUUUUGGGUCUCAUAUACGCAGAGGAAGUCGCUUCGCGAGUCCAAGCUAGUCGAUCUAAGGCAGCGGUGCUUUGAUGACGGGUGCGGCGACAAUGUAGCCGUCCUGGCGUCCCUCUUAAUGGACGCCAGGUCCCGUCGUCGCGAGAUGCACGUUGCCUCGCUGGACUUCGCAAAGACCUUCGACAGCGUCAGCCAUGGUGCUAUCACCAACGCCUUGGUUGGCCUGGGCGUGCCUCACGGCCUAAUAGACUAUAUCGCGCAUAGUUAUGCGCGCAGCGGCACGAUAUUUGAAGUGCGCGGUGACAAGUCAGAGCUCUCUGGUAUUGGCAGAAGCGUCAGGCAGGGGGAUCCUUUAUCACCAGUGCUGUUUUGUCUGGUGGUAGAUGUGAUCAUGAGAGCCAUACCUGCCGACGUCGGUUACCAAAUGGGAGAACAUCGCAUAAACAGCCUAGCCUAUGCUGACGAUGUUCUCUUCUUUGCUGCCACCAAGUGGGGUCUCCAGACCAGCAUCAGGGUGGUGGAGGACACAGCGAGGGAGACGGGGCUUCUUUUUCAAGCCAAGAAGUGCUCUGUUCUUUCUCUCGUUCCUUCUGGCCGGGAAAAGAAAAUUAAAAUCCUGACGGCCCCGGAAUUCCGCCUGCGGGAUGAAACAUUCCUGCCGCAGCUGGAUACGAAUGCCGAAUGGCGGUACCUCGGGGUCGAUUUCCGGCCGGCAGGACCGAAGAAAGUCGGCUCGGAUAUAUCCAUAUCGGUUCGCAGAUGGCUUCGUCUUCCGCACGAUGUUCCGACGGCCUUUUUCCUCUCACCAGUUUCGAGUGGCGGUCUCGGCAUUCCCGCUCUUGCCACCACGGUUCCAGGUUUGCUGCUUAGUCGUCUGCGCAGCCUGGAAUCCUGA